UUUUUGCAUUUGAUUUUUUUCUUCCAUUGUUGAAUGCCCGUCUCAAGCACCAAAUAUUUGGUGCUCGAGGAUUACAGGGUUUUUGUGGCUUCUUUCUCUCUAGACUGUACGGAGGCCAUUGGUGCGUGCACAAGUUUGUGCCACCAAUCGCCUCGCAAAAUCGAUAAUGGCAUAGAAAGAGAGUGGGAGAGGGAUUCUGUAAUUGCCUUGAAUUUGUAGUAACAGCGAUGGGGGAUGUGACAAUGCCGGGUUGUUCAUAUGCAGAAGAAGAACCACUCGAUGUUGCGGGGUUGUUUCACGAAAAUAACCCAACUUUGAAUCUCGAUGACGAAAACCCUGUUAUGAACCCUGACAAUGGUGUUGAGGGUGAAAAUCCCGAGUAUGCUGGUGAUGAAGUUGAGCCGAAUUUUGUUGCUCCAAUUCCGGUUUGGCCUCCUGCCCAGACUCCGUUCAAUUGUAGUUACUGUCAAGUUCUACGAGAAAUCAUCCACCAAAAUGUAUGAAGCUUGAGAUUCAUGGAAGAAUUGGUAUUAUAAGCCAUGCUAUUCACGACUAAUGCUAUCAAUGAACCUCCUACUGUGAACCAUCAAAUGGUCGAUUUCACAAUGCAAAGCAUGGAGAGCGUGAAGCAGUUCAUAAUUGAAUACUGUCAGAACCGUACUCAAGAAGGAUAUGUUUUAGUGCAAGAUCCAUUAUGCUAUGGACUCAACUGGUUCAAUAACGUCCAACCAGAUGAACCCAACCCUCCCCCAUAUACUACAGAGGCACAUCGACCUCGAGCAGAGGAAGAAAAUCAAACUCCAGCUGAUACGAAUGACAAUGACGCUACAACUCCUAGGCCCUAAGCCUGAUCAAGCGACACAGAAGCGAAAGGUUAAGGCAUUAACGCUAAACGACCUGACCAGAUGGUUUCACGUUACCAUAGUCCAAGCAGCCAAAGAACUACAAUUGUCCCCAACGGCAAUCAAGCAUAAAUGCCCGGAAUUUGGGGUGGAACGAUGGCCAAGUCGAACGGUAGAGAGCUACAAUAAAAAAAUACUGAUCUUGGAAAAAAGUAUAAGAGAGGGAACCAGUAAACCAAAUGCAAGCAGGGAGAUGGAGAAUUUAAGAGAAAAGCUUGACGACAUUUAUUCUUGCCGGCCGGAAAGGGACGGCGUGUUGCCGGCAGCAAGGGGUCGGAGAAGGACGCCGCCAUAGUUAGCAAUAACAUGAAUUUUCACAUUGGCAGUUCAUAUGUCAUGACAUUUACAAUUUUCUCUGCACGUUGUGAAUGGCUUGUAAGAAUGAUGCAACUGGAAAUGGGUUAGUAACAGAUUUUUUCAUUGCUGCUUUGAAUAAAAAGAAAAAACAUUACCGGA